AUUCUACCUAUCACAACUUCUACAGAGUCUGACUGGUCCAAAAUCUAUUCAAGAGAGGAGGACCAAACAGUUAGCCCAAGAGGAAUUUCUAGCCAUUUUAUUUUCCAGCCUGAGAAAAUGUUUUAGUUGGCCCAAAGAAAACUCCUUGCAGCGACAAAAUUGACAAGCAUGCCCACACCCCUGAGAAACCCUAGAGCUAGGAGGAGAAACUGAGAGGAGGAGAAAGAAGAAUCAAUAAACAGAAAAGGCCAAGGCAGUUUCAAAUGGCACUUCUCGCGUCUUCAACAUUGCCCUCAAGUCCACAAUAUCAGAUUAAAGUGUUGAGGAAUAAACCCUGUCGAUUACGUUGGUGCUUACUGUCACAUGCACCUCGCCAAAUCUCCCCAACAUGUUCGAUGAAAGUCACAAAGGCCCAUUUUGGUGAACCAAGUAAGGUCAAGCUGCAAUUGAAUAUUGUCAAGGAGAGGUUGUGGCAUGCCAUCCCCGACUCCGCAAAGGAAUUUCCUUGGAGAAAAGCUGAGGAUUUGCUGCUUAAGCGAUUACUGCUAGUUGGACAGAAGGCAUUCAAGUGGUCCCUUGUAAUACUUUUCUUGCUUAGUUUUCUAGCCGAUGUUAUGUAUUCCAUCUCUAGAAACCGGGAAUUGACGAUUCCUUUCGGUCUUCUUGCUGGCUGCUUGAUGAUGGACUUCUUGAAAGAGAUAUCAAUGGAAGUCUUUCAAGCGCCAGAGAAAAGAGGGCUGAACUUGCCGCUUCUGGGUAUCAGCUGCUGCUUCAUCCUUGUGAAGGUCAUGUCAACAUAUUUUACGCCAUUUCUUUUGCAUGUUGCAAAUGGUGGGUUGAUGCAAGUUUUGUGGCUUUGGGGUGAUUCACUGAAAGAAAACAGUCAAUGUAAUGAAGAGAAUAUCUGCACUGGCCAAAAUACUUAAUUAGCCAUGGCUGCAGAGGAAUAAACAAGGUCCAGUUCAUGAACGGGAUAUUUGGUUCCCAGUUGUAUCCUCAGAGCUAUGCAUGCAAAUAGUUAGCUUGUUCUGCACGUGACAUUGCUUUAUAAUGUGCUACCUGGCAUGUUCCAUA